GGAAGUUAUGUGGAAAAUUAACCACCUUCUUUUCACUAUAUUUUGAGUGUUUGAUAUGACCUGGACCCUGUGGAAAAGACUGCAUCCAACAGCAUUGGAAUGCAGUGUGACUUGAGGCCCGAUAGUUGGAAUAGUGGAGUGAUAAAGAGACGGAUGUUGAUAGGCAAUGGCUUGGUGGACAGGUUAUAUGCAGGCCACGUAGAAAACACUGUGCCUAGCAGUUCUUCUCUUGUUGUCUUGUAUUCUUUUCUCUGGGAAUGUGUUUACUGAGCUUUUGUGUACAUUCCUUGUUUUCGGAUCAUCUUGCUGUCUGUAUGUUGUCUAUGUGUUUGUAAGUUUGUGCAUCACUCCUUGUGACGUGAUGCCUGUAAGUCAGUAUAGUGCAGUGAGACAAGCACCUUGGUGAUGGCCAAUCUUAGAGAUCCACUCGGCAAUUAGAUCUUCAAACUCCUCAUUUUCUGUAUGCUACAACUGUCUUCUAACCAUCGUCCUGGCCAGGAGUUGUCCUCUUCUGGACUGUAGAGAAAACAUUGCCUCCAGUAGUUCAUCUGUUGUUAGCCUACUUUCCUUGUGUGUCUGUGUGUAUAUCGUCCCUAUAAUUGCUAGGCAACGGCUCUGUUGCUAGGUUAAAGUGACAUUGGUAAACACGUUCUUGUUACAGUGAACUCGCAUUAAAGAUUAGAAUAGUUAUUGGAUGUGUUGCUUCUUAUGUGGUUCAUGUGAUAUCAGAGAAAAACGGGUGAUUAGAUCUUUCCAGAAUUUGUUGCGUGGGAUGUGAAUGUGUAGUCAUGACAGAUAUAUAGCAUUAUUUGUUUUCCAGAACCUUGCAUAUUCAGAGGAAGUACAAAGUCUGUGUAGUGAGAUACAUCCAGCAUCUUCUCAUGAUGCAUGUCAGGCCAACAGUGUAAAAGCUGAGGAAGUGUCAGAUGCAGAAGAAGAGAAGUAUCCUGUGCCAAUAACAUUUCAAAGAAUAAAGGCUGAACGUGAGAGUACUGUGAACGAACUUCAACCUGUAUGGAGUGCGGAGCGGCGAUAUUCCUGUGAUGAGUGUGAUAAAUCAUUCACUCAACAGUGUAAUCUGAGGGGUCAUCAGUGCAACACACAUCAACACAUACAUAAUAGGGAGAGGCCAUUUUGCUGUGAUGUGUGCAAUAAGUCAUUCAGUCGGCAGGAUUAUCUGGAAGAACAUCAACGGUUACAUAGUGGUGAGCGGCCAUUUUGCUGUGAUGUGUGUAAUAAAUCAUACAGUGAUAGGAGUAAUCUGAGGAAGCAUCUGUGCAUACGUAAUGGUGAGGGGCCGUUUUGCUGUAACUUGUGUAAUAAAUCAUUCAGUCAGUGGGGUAAUCUGAAAGUACAUCAACAGUUACAUAAUUGUGAGCGACGAUUUUGCUGCGAUGUGUGUAAUAAAUCAUUUGUUAAUCAGGGUAAUCUGAGGAGGCACCUGCUCAUACAUAGUGGAGAGCGGCCGUUCUGCUGUAACGUGUGUAAUAAGUCAUUCAGUCGACUGGGUGGUUUGAAGGCACAUCAUCAGAUACACAGUGGUGAGAGGCCGUUUUGCUGUAAUGUGUGUAAUAAGUCAUUCAGUCGGCGGGAUUAUGUGGAAGUACAUCAACAGCUACACAGUGGUGAGCGGCCAUUUUGCUGUAAUGUGUGUAAUAAAUCAUACAGUGAUAGGAGUAAUUUGAGGACGCAUCUGCGCAUACAUAGUGGUGAGCGGCCCUUUUGCUGCGAUGUGUGUAAUAAAUCAUUCGUUAAUCGGAGUAAUCUGAGGAAGCAUCUGCACAUACAUAGUGGUGAGCGGCCGUUUUGCUGUAACUUGUGUAAUAAAUCAUUCAGUCAGCGGGGUAAUCUGAAAGUACAUCAACAGCUACAUAGUGGUGAGCGGCCAUUUUGCUGUGAUGGGUGUAAUAAAUCAUUCAGUUAUUGGAGUCAUCUGAGGAGGCACCUGCUCAUACAUAGUGGAGAGCGACCGUUCUGCUGUAACGUGUGUAAUAAGUCAUUUAGUCGUCGGAGCUAUCUGAAGACACAUCAACAGCUACACAGUGGUGAACGGCCAUUUUGCUGUGAUGUGUGUAAUAAGUCAUUCAUUCGGCGGAGUCGUCUGGAAGUACAUCAACGGCUACAUAGUGGUGAGCGGCCAUUUUGCUGUGAUGUGUGUAAUAAAUCAUACAGUGAUAGGAGUAGUCUGAGGAAGCAUCUGCGCAUACAUAGUGGUGAGCAGGCAUAGAGCUGUGUGGUGUGUAAUAAGUUGUUUGCACAUCAGAGCCAUCUGGAGACACAUCGAGUGGCACGUAGUGAUGGGUGUAUUACAUCAUAGAGCAGUAGAGGCGGGUUUGAACUAAAGGACCAGUAUGUGAGUUGCAGCUUGCUGCUCAUGACACAGUUUUCUCUCUGUUGCAUGCUGUGUGUUAGUAGAGUGCUAUGAGUUAUUGCAGGUGCUAACAUUUCCAACUGACUAGGGAAAUCAAUUGCACCCCACACUACAAAAGGUCAUUGCAUUCCGCAUUUGUUUGCUACUGAUUGCUGAGCCAUACAAGCCCCUGUCUGGUUAAGAGUAAACAGAUAUGACAUGUAUUGGUCAUGUGACCCGCAGAGCUGAAUGAAGUUCCAUCAACUUAAAUUCCUACAGUCUCAAAAGCACAUACAUUUAAGUUUCAGUUCACUGGAGUGAAAUGAAGAUGAGAGCGAUGAAGUUCAUGAAGUCUACUCUUCUGAAAUAUGAUAACAGUGAAAAAAUGAAUGAAUGAAUGAAGUGUUGUAGACUCGUAUGUUACACUGGACUGAACUUUUCAUUAUCUACACUGUAAAAAAUGAAGGGUGAUAGAUGAAACGCUGUAUUCUCUUUUGUGGGUAAGCUUGAAGUCAAGCAACCACUGGAGGGCUUAGAUUUUUGGAAUGAUAAAAUUAAAAUGUAUCUGAAAUGGAAUAUAAGGGCAUGGCCUGGAUUUAAUAAAACAAAAGAUCGGUGCCAUU